AUGAACUCCAGUUGGCUGUCGACGCAUUCAGGAGGGCAUUGGGCUAAACGAAUGUGCAAGGCUACUUUAAAGCGACAUAUUGAAAAUAAGAACAAAAUAGCUAAUGCCGGCACUAAGAAAUUUGGCAAAGGCACAAUUUUGCUAAAAGACAUAGAAGAGGAACUUGUGAAGCAUAUAAUAAAAUUGGAGGAGAUGAUGUUUGGCUUGACCAUAACGGAUAUAAGAAAACUUGCGUUUGAAAUCGCAGCAAAAAAUAAUAUCGCACAUAAGUUCAGUAUGCAAAAGAGUCUUGCGGGUAAAAAAUGGUACUAUGCAUUCAUGCGGCGUCAUCCAACUUUGACCUUAAGGCAGCCCGAAUCAACGUCGAUAGCCAGAGCCAGAGGUUUCAACAGGCAAAAUCUUUAUCACUUUUUUGAUAUACUCGAAAGGAUCAAUGCCGAAAAUAAAUUAGACGCCACCAGAAUCUACAACGUCGAUGAGAGUGGCUUCUCAACAGUACAAAAGAAAUCGCAGAAAAUAAUUGGACUAAAGGGAAAGAAGCAAAUAGGGGCGAUUGCAAGUGGGGAACGUGGUGUGAAUACCACAAUGGUUUGCUGUGUCAGUGCAGCGGGUCAAUUCAUUCCACCUAUGCUGAUUUUCAAGCGUAUGAGAAUGUCUCCUGAGCUCAAAGUAGGUGCACCUCCUGGCAGUUUAGUCGAAAUAUCUGAAAGCGGUUAUAUAAAUUCCGAACUUUUUUGUAAAUGGCUGCAACAUUUCAUCAGUGUGGUGAAGCCAAAUAAAGAGAUGAAGGUUCUUCUGUUACUGGACGGCCAUUCCACUCACAGUAAAAAUCUAGACGCGUUGAUGCUAGCGCGUGAAAAUGGAGUAAUUUUACUUCAACUACCUGGACACACGACACAUCGGCUCCAACCGCUCGAUGUUUCUUUUUUUAAGCCAAUGGAAACUUAUUACACCCAGGCGAUGGAACGUUGGUUAAGAACCAACCCUGGAAUGAAAGUAACACAGUUCCAGGUAUCGGAACUGCUCUCUGAAGCUUAUGGUAAAGCAGCGUGUAUUCAGACCGCUGUAAAUGGAUUUAAAGCAGCUGGAAUUUGGCCUAUUGAUAGGGGUGUUUUUGCCGACCACCAGUUUGCUGCAGCAGAUAAUCUUUGUCAAGAAGAUCAACCAAUGGAGGAUGCAGAAAUCAAUGGUGAUGGGAGCGAAGAAAAUCGAGAAGACAAUCCACUUGAAACCUUAAUAAAUGAAAGAAGAGCAAGGGCGAAUAAGGCGAAAAGAAAUUUAGGAUGCAGCAUGCAAGGAAGCUUUAUUGACCAGGGACCCUCUACAUCAGGCACUAAUCGGAACGCAACCAACGAUGAAGUGAAGAAGUCGUCGUUAAAUGUGUCUAUCGAAGAACUCUCUCCAGUUCCAGUUCCCACCAAAACUCAAAGGUUGUCGAAAGGAGCUCAAAAGGCAGAAGAAUUAACCAGUACCCCUUACAAGGACAACUUGAUUGUUGUUAAGGAGAAAACGGCAAGAAGGAAAGGAAAACAACAAAAACCAAAAAACAAUAAAAAAACAAAGCAAGAAAACCUCUUGGUUCUGUCCUUUGUGCAAGGCAAAUGA